AUGGAAGGCUCUUUCGAAAUAACUUUCUAUCUGAAGUGCGAGAAGGGUGGUAGUAGUAUACCAUAUAUCAUUGGCGACCAUCCUGCACUUGGAAAUAACGUAUUAAAAGAAGCAAUUCCUUUAACACAAAUAAAUGGACCAUACAAUUACUCUGUUAAGAUAGAAUUGGAGGAGCCAUUAACAGAACCAAUAACAUACCGUUAUUUCUUCAAGACACAGUUCGGAGCAAUUCUUAAAGAAACAAUUCCACUUCGUACAUUACCUCUUUUUGAAACAGAUGCUCACAUCUACGACACAUUUAAUGUUACCAAUUCUCUAAAUGGUGUCCUUAUCCGCCUUCGAACACGUGUUUUCACUCAUUACGGACAAGAACUUUAUGUCUCAGGCAAUAUCCCAGAGCUUGGAGAAUGGAAGUCCGAGAACGCUGUUCCUCUCUUCUUUGAAGGCAAUCUUGACUACUGGUCAACAACUUUCAUGAUUCCAUUGUCAUCCAAGCCAAGAACAAUUGAAUACAAGUACAUUGUCUCAAGAACAGGUGGUGUUGAUCACUGGGAACCAGAAGAAAACCACAAGCUCGAAAUCGGUGCUACUCCUUCCCCAACAAUUAUCGAAAUUGCCGAUACAUAUCGUUGGAAGGAUUCAGUCAUGGACGCAUUCACUCGUGCAACCUUCAAAGAGGUUCUUAAUCGUCGCACUAACACUACAAUGCCAGCGCCUAUCGAGCCAGAGCUUGUUCGUCCAACAUAUGUGAAGACAUAUUUCCAAGUCAACUGUCCAUACGUUCGUAGUACACAAUCCGUUGUUGUCGUUGGCUCCAUUCCAGAACUUGGUGAAUGGAAUCCAUUACACGGCUUAAAACUCGACGACGGCAAGUUCCCAAUCUGGGCAAACUCUAUUGACUUGAAGGCCACAUCAUUCCCAUUCGAUUACAAGUACGUCCUUUCUAAUAAUGACGGAACAUUUAUUUGGGAAGAGCCAAUGAACAGAGAAUGCGUUGGACCAACAGCUACUCAGUAUGAUAACUCAACACCAAUGACAUACUUCAUCAACGAGUGGUUCGCAUGUCCAAAUAAAGAAUUAUUCAAAGGACUCGGAGUUUACGUUCCAAUCUUCUCUCUCAGGACACAACAAUCACAAGGUAUUGGUUCCUACACAGAUAUCAAGAAACUCGUCGAUAUUUGCAACACAAUGGGCGCAUCUUUGAUCCAAUUACUUCCAAUCAACGAUACAACGGACAAAGGAGAAUGGGCAGACUCAUAUCCAUACAAACAAGUCUCAUGUUUCGCAUUACAUCCUGUUUACAUCGACUUACUUGCAAUUCUCGACAAAUUACCAAGCGACAUCUACAAUGACUUGAUGUACAGGAAAGGGGAACUCGAGAGAUUACCAUCUGUUGACUAUCCAGCAGUUUAUUCCUUCAAGAUGAACAUUCUUAGUAGAAUCUUCAAAUUAGUUAAAGAAGAUUUCAAAGAAUCCAAAGAAUUCGAAGCAUUUUUGAAGAAGAAUGGAACAUGGUUAAAACCAUAUGCUUUGUUCUGUUAUCUCAGAGAUCAAUACCAUACAAUGGAGUUCAGGAAAUGGCCAAAAUAUUCCAAAGUAACUCCAGAAGAAAUCGAAGAUCUCUGUGAUGAAGAAAUCAAUGAUUUAUUGUUCAUUUAUUGGAUGCAAUACAUUGCUGACAAACAAUUCAAGGAAUCAUAUGAUUACGCAACAAAUCACAAAGUUGCAUUGAAAGGAGAUCUUCCAAUUGGUGUCAACAUCAAUUCCGUUGAAUGCUGGGCAUUUCCAUCAUUAUUCAGAUUGACAAUGUGUGCAGGAGCUCCUCCAGAUGAUUUCUCAAGCGAUGGACAGAACUGGGGCUUCCCAACAUACAACUGGGAAGAGAUGGAGAAGGAUGGAUUCGCAUGGUGGCGUGCGAGAUUACAGAGAAUGGCUGAAUUGUAUCAUACAUUGAGAGUUGAUCAUAUCUUAGGUUUCUUCAGAAUCUGGGAAAUUCCUAGAGAAACAUGUGUCAGAGGUUUAUUGGGACAUUUCUUCCCAAGUAAUCCAUUGACAAGACAGGAAUUGAUACAGAUGGGAUUAUGGGAUAUCGAAAGAUAUACUAAACCAUACAUAAGAGGAAAACAUUUAAUGGAGAAAUUCCCUAACAAUUAUUUCGAAAUCGCUCAGAAAUAUUUAAUCGCAAGAAAUAUUUCUAAAGAUAAUGAUACUUACAAUUUCAAGCCUGAAUAUAACAACGAAAAGAAGAUUUACAACGCUGUAAUGAAUGAGCCAUUAAAUGAUUGGCAAAAGAAGGAAUUACUUCAGAAGUUGUUUGAAUUACUUGGAAAUGUUUUGUUGAUUGAAGAUCCAGAAAGACCAGAUACUUAUCACGUGAGAACAGAAGUAAAGAAGGAAUCUGUUGAAACAACACCAGAUGGACCAAUCAUCCAUUGGAGUACAUCAUGGUUGGAAUUACCUGGUGACCAGAGACAGAGAUUCGAAGAACUUUAUAUCGAUUACACAGACAGAAGACAAACAAAUCUCUGGGUUGCUAAAGCUGAUGCAAAACUUGGUGUUCUUAAAGAUUCUACAAAUAUGUUGAUUUGCGGUGAAGAUUUAGGUCAAAUCACUGCAGGAAUCAUAAGAUCUAUUGAAGAACACGCUUUACUUUCUCUUAGAGUACAGAGAAUGUCUAAAGAUCCUGCUUAUGAUUUCGAUGAUUACAACAGAUUCGCUUAUCUUUCUGUCGCUUGCCCAUCAACACACGACACUUCUUCGUUGAGAGGAUGGUGGGAAGAGAACUCAUCUAUCAGACAGAAGUUCUGGUACAAUGUAUUGAUGAGACACGAUUCAUGCCCAGAGAGAUUAAGUACUUACUUCCAGGAAAUGAUUCUCAGACAGAAUCUUUGGUCAAAUUCAAUGUGGGCAAUUUUCUUGCUCCAGGAUUUGACAGGAAUCAACGAAAGUUUGAGAAGACAGUCUCCUGAAGAAGAAAGAAUCAACAUCCCUGCUGAUCCAAACCACAAGUGGAGAUACAGAUAUCCUUACUCCCUUGAAGAACUCAACGACCACAAGGAGUUCAUGGCACAGAUGAGAGGCUUAGUUGAGGCUUCUCACAGAAUAUAA